GGACAGUUCGCGUGCUUGAAGCACACACGUGAAACACACGUAAACAACCCUUCCGUUAAAACCGGUUUUGUUUGUCAAAAUGAGCGUAACAAACGAUAAACAGGACGGAAAAGUGGAUGACGAUCGUCUUUUCCUCGAUCAAGUUUUAAACGAGUUGUAUGAUUUUGGUGAUGGAGAAAACAAAAGAUCAAAGAAAUGUCUGAAAAGAAAGAAGAACUUAUCUAAAGAUGAUAACGCUGGCACUGUGAACGAAGCUGAGGGAAACGCAGAUACCGACUCAAACUCAGCUGGAACCAAACAAUCCAAGGUGGAGGUUGUUACAUUUGUUGAUCCUUUAAAGAAGAACAAGUUAUCACAGUCUGUUGAACCAAAGCAGAAGGUUCCUGAUGUCAAAGAAAAAAUGAUGAUGACAAUGAAGAAAAAAGGCCUAGAUGAGAAGCUAACCAUAGAAAAGGCUCGGUUUGAAGUUCACAGGUUUGGACUGUCGGGUUAUCAGAAGCAGCAGCAGAGGGUGUUUGAGGAGGAAAGAGCCAUCAUGCUGGGAGCCAGACCCCCUAAAAAGCAGUAUGUUAACUACAAAGUGUACCAACAACAGCUAAAAGAACGGAAGAUGAAAGAGAAAGAGGAAGCGAAACCUGAGUUACAAAAGAAAAGAAGGAAGGAAGGAAAACCAAGGACUGAGAAAAGUAAACCCUCGUCUAGCAGAGAGCUUGGCGGACAAGUCGGACGCUUCAAAAAUGGAAUGCUGGUCUUGAGCUCCAAAGAAAUUCAGAAAUUUAACUCCAAAGGGAAAAAGUAGCCAUGGAUGAAUGAAAAACCACAGAAGG